GGCACUUCCUGAUUCACAGACGUGAAGAUUAUAUCCUCUCUGACAAGCUCCAACGACUUUGCAUCUUCAUCCCUCAUCCAGACUGCCUUUUCAAUUGUUCAUCUUCGUAUUUCAUCGCCAUCAUGCUCGCAACAGACACAGUGGUCCGCACGACCCUGGGUCAGAAGACGAUCGGCGACUUGAAUGUUGGUGAUCGAUUGUUUGAUGACAAUGACAUGCCUGCCGUCUGCACCGCGGUAGACGAUGCCCAAAUCCGCCCCAACGUGAGAACUAUCACGUACAAGAACUGGAACACUAAAGUCGACACGAGCUUCGAGUGCACAUCAAACCACAUCAUCACUAUGAAAUCAUACGGCGUCAAACCUAGGAUUGAGCGUGAACGUUCGGUCGUCUGGUACGCGCGUUGUGACCGUACCAAACUUGAAGAAGAGGUGGCAGACUUGAAUUGGGACCAGCUGAUGAACCGCCUGUACCUUGAGACACCGAAGGAGAAUGAACGCCGUCCAUCAGACGCCAAUAUUCACGAGUACAUCGACAGCCUCGUUGCACAGUGGCUUGUGGCACCCACCGAUUCGAACAGCCCUCUCUUUGUCGAGUUCAUUGAGUUCAAGGAGACUCUCACAGACACCGAUCCCAACGAUUUCGAUGAGGAGAGUCUGGCUCCCAUUUUCAGGGAGACUUUGCACAGUCACAUGGAUGACUAUCUCGAGUACAUGAUGCCUGAACAAGACGAUGUGCCAGACGACGAUGAUGAUGUUCUGGAUAUCGACCUUGACACCAUCCGCCCUCGAAAGUUUCAGAAGCUCACAUUGCCAUCAUCGCCACGAUCGUCUGACCCAUCUUUUCGGCCAACUCUCACCAUACGGUCGUCUUCGCCAACCAAACACACCUCACAGGCUGCUCCCUCCUCGCCAACUCACCAGCCUGUCCCAUCGUCCUCUCAAGAGUCAUCGCACGCUGACACUAUUCAACUGCUUCGCGACGAGGAUGAUAUGGACAAGUUUGCAGCCGUUCGUGAGGCUCUGCCGUCGGUUUGCAAGAAUUUUUCAGGACCCUGUAAAACCUUCAACAGGCUAUCAGUGCGCUUCGCGAACGUGAGGCAGGCCCAGCUUGCUCUCAGUCUGUUGGAAGGCGAUCACUUUCGUGUUAUCGAUCCCUUCGUUGUCCGCAACGGCGACACUUGGACAAUGAUGCUGCGAGAGUACCAAGAAUCAUGUGCAAACGUCUCCAACAGGUCCAAUCGGAAGCUCAAGCUCUACCGCGCUCCGUUGAUGUUUGUCCCGUCCGAAACGCCAGCAGCGCCAGUCCCCAUCGAUCCAUACUAUCUGGGCAUUUGGCUCGGCGACGGGAGCAAGACAGGAUCCACAAUCACUGGUACCGAUAAGGAGACUAAGGCUUUCAUCCAGGCCUAUGUCGAUCGUCUGAACAGCACUAGGCCGCCCGGAACACCCCCGUUGAUUCUGAUCGAGAUUCUCAGCCAUGAAGCAGGCUAUACUACCACACUCCAGCACCCCAGCGGCCGCACCUCUGAGACGAUCACGUCUACUAUGGAUUGCUUCCAUUGGAGAAUCUCCUCCACGGUCCAAGGAAGCAAUGCCUGGAACCCUGUAUUACACGGUCUACGCGAUUUAGGCUUCACAGGCGAGGACAAGAGCGUUGGCAUUCCCGACUGCUACAUGAACGCAGAUGAAGAUACUCGCCUCGCAGUCCUUGCUGGUUUGAUCGAUUCAGACGGUACACUCUGGGGCAGGUUCUACAUGUUCACACAGAUGACUUACCAGCACAAGAAGAUUGUUGAUGAUGCUCAUAAGCUGGCCACUUCGUGUGGCAUCGCUUGUAGUCCUAUUGGUCAAGUCAACAUCAAGAACAGACGUGAGCCACGUUGGCAGUUCUAUCUGUACAAGGGCUGCGAGAAGUUUCAGCACCAUCUCCUGAUGCCUCGCAAGAAGCUGAACGGUCUGAAGCCUGGCGGGAUGACUGUGAACUUUGAUGCACGUGUCUUCCAUGUCUCCGACCCGCAUCAGCAGGAGUGUCGUGCCGUCAGCAUCUCCGGUGAUCUGUUCCAGCUCGCGAACCGCACUGUUGCGCACAAUUGAUUGCACUUUAUGGCAGACGAGCAGCUUUCGCUAUGCGAGUCGUGUAUUCUAUCAGAGAGUGAUCGCGUAUUGUUUUCGUUAUCCUUCAAAUUGAAAAGCAAGUUCCGCAAUCAUCCUCUUAAAGACAUGUACCGUGUUGUUGUGUGUAGUAUACAGUAAGAAAUAAGAGACGCU